AUGGAGUUCUAUGAAAUCACAAAAACCGUGCAGACUUCAAUUGAUUCCAAUCGUUUCGGGCUUAUCAAUAAUAACCUCAAGUUCAUCUGCCCAUUGCAGAUGAAAAAGCUACUCAGUUUAGCUUUGGAAAAACACAAUGACCCUUCUCUCCUUCUCUACCCAAGCACAACCUCAACAGCCAACACCAUGUGUGGAAGCUACUACGGAAACUCUUAUGGAGGCUGCGGCUAUGGAGGCUGUGGCUAUGGAGGCUGUGGCUAUGGAGGCUGCGGCUAUGGAGGCUGUGGCUACGGAGGCUGUGGCUAUGGAGGCUGCGGCCAUGGAGGCCUGGGCUGUGGCUAUGGCUCCUGGUAUGGCUGUGGCUUCCGCAGACUGGGCUGUGGCUACGGCUCCUGCUAUGGCUGUGGCUAUGGAUAUCGCUCCCACUCUCUCCAUGGCUGUGGCUCUGGCUGUGGCUACUAGUAAUGAGGGCACCAUGGGGGACUCUCACCCUCUACACAUGGACGUGGGAUUCACCAAUUCUGAGCCCCACACGUUCUGAGCCUUUCCCUUGGGUGACGGUAUCCUGCAGGAUGAAAGUCUAGUAGGUCUGUUGCUGCCUACAGCCUAACCUACGGAUUCCCUGGAUUUACCUGGUGGAGUGGAAGAUGGUGAAAUUCACCUGUGACCCCACAGUUCCGCCUUCAUCAAGAUGAUGGUGUCACAGCGACUGCCUCGAUGAUGUCCAUGCGGGAGUUCGUUUCUGUGUUGACCUAAUAAACUUGUUCAAUCCAAAUGGCAGUCCUGGUUUUGAUGUUGGUCAUUUAAUGCCCAG